CCAUGAACGCCCUCCGAGCUAUUACCACGAAGCGCAUUGGCGCCAACGCCCGCCUCGCCGCGCGCCGGUUCACGACCGAGGCAGCGCCCGAGGUGCCCAAGCCCACCACCAAGCUGAGCUACGACGACAAGUGGCACCGGCACUCGAAGAAGUACAUUGCCGGCACCUUCAUCGCGGCCUACGUCCUCGGGUCCAUGGUCUCGCGCGGCUCGUCCUGCGACUCGAAGCGCGAGCUCCGUCACCGCAUGCGCGAGAUGCACGCUGAGAACCAACACCUCGCGGCCCGCAUCGAUGGACUCCAGCGUGCGCUCGACGAACAACGGCGGUACCAAGCCCCGUCUGCGGUCGAGCCCUACCGCAAGUAGUAUGCAUACAAUAAAUGAAGUACAUGAGCAAGCUCCGACAAGUCCGUGA